GCGUGCACUCGCUUCACGUUUGUCCGGGCAGCAGUGUAAUUUGUCCCAAACAAAGUAGGAAUCACCCCGCAGAGGCCGAAUGACACCAACAGACUGAACCGUUUUUUAAUUGCUGCCUUUUGUUUGGAUCUCUGAAAUAAAUAGUGUCAAAGUAACCAGAAAUGGGUCCCGGAUAAAGGAAAUAAUAUUCCAGAAACCGUGGACUGCGGGGUUUCGAGUAGGGGCAGGAGCGCAGCGGCCCGCGGCCGAGGAAGGAGCUUAGCAGCUGGGAGAAGCAGCAGUCUCCGGCCAUUGUGUGAUAGGAACGGAAUUCAAUUCCCGCACAAUUGAAGCGUCGUCCCCAUCCCUAACCAGCCUUCCUGAUUCUGUUCUGGGAGAGUUCAGACCAGUAUCAUCGCCAAGAUAGCCGGGCCAGGCAGGAAGAGGCACACCUCAGAUCCAGACCCCAGCAGCGGUAGUGAUUCCGGCGACGGGCGGCCUGUUAGUGCCAAGUGCCCGAAGAUGGCCAGCAGCGGUGGUAGCGGUGCAGCCAGUAACGGGACAGCGGGCCGUCGUGGAGGCGCUCACCAGAGAGGGGGCGGCGGUGGGGACAACAGCUCAGACCAGUCCUCCAGUACCAGUAAGAAGAAGCAGAAGGACAGGGCCAACCAGGAGAGCAGAGAGGCCAAGAGGGCAGCCGCUGCAGCAGUGGACGGGGUCAUUGCAGAAGUCAAGAAAGAUGUGUUUGUGGACUGGAAGCAGAAUGUCAAUGAAGUGACUGUCAGGCUGCGCUGUGGGGACGGGGUGCAGAGGACAGAGGACAUCAACACAACCUUCACCGAUACACACUGCCAUGUGUGCUUCCCAGGUCAGUCAUCGUAAAGCAUGGAACAGAAACAGAAGCUACUAUGGUGUGUAUAUGUAUAUAUAUACACACACAGUAUUUAUAUAUCUACCACAAAAGAAGAACUGGCGCAGUUGCGCAUUUGGUUUGGGGUUAGGCUUUGUUGAACUUGUUUUAACUUACGCCUAUAUUUGGUCUUUUCUGCAAUUUUACAAUUUAUGUUGAGUCCCGUUCUGCUCUAAUAGCAUCUGUGUGUGUGUGUAUAUAUAUAUAUGUGUAUGUAUGUGUGUGUAUAUAUAUAUAUA